AUGCUUGAAAAAUGGAAAAGUUCAUAUUUUGAAAUGCAGCUAAAAAUAGAACUUUCUGGUAAAGGUCAAAGAUGGGAAUUUGACAAGAAGAAACUUUUUAAGGCAACUGACUACAUGGCUUCUGUCUGUAGAGAUCUUUACCAGUUUGCCAAGGUGUUGCAAGAUUUUCAGAACAUUUAUGGUCCAGAGCUGAAGUCUAUUAUCAGUGAUCCUGCACAAAUUGAUGCAGUUGUGAAACGUGUUGAAGCACUUGUGGUACCAAUUGAGGAAGUUGACUUUGAUAUCUUUAGUGAUAAGAAUGAAGUUAAUUGGCAAGACAUAAUGACUAGUUUCUAUAAGGAGGUAGAGCUACUGGAGAAUGAAGCAAAAUAUUUCAUUGAUGAAUGCUUCAAGAUUCUGAGAUCUUCAGAUGAUGCAUUAGAUAUGCUGCUGAAAUUUAAGCACAUAGAAACGAGAGAAGCCAUUCAGAAGCAGCUAAUGUUGAAAUUUGAUCAUAUAAUGCGGCAGUUUAAUAAGGAAAUAUCUGCUGUGGAAGUUGAGUUUACGGCAUUUGCUAGCUACUUAAACAUUGCCAGACAGAUGAAAGCAUUUGAAGAGACAAAGUUUGAACAAUGGAAGGCAAGUGUCAUACCAAAUAUAUCUACAUUGAUGAAGAAGAAUGUCCUCAAAAUUGUUUCAAAAGAUCCAGAAAAGGAGGAAGAAGAAAUGUUAGCUGCUGCAUAUACGCAGAAAAAAGUAAGUGGUCAAUCUGGUGCCAUGGUUGGCUGUACUGAAGCUAGCUCUGUGGAAACAGCAUCCACCGCUAGCCCCAGUCCAGGUAGCAGUAGAAUCAAAGGAAGUGUUCGCCGCUCAGGUCCUGGAAUGGCAGCUGCUGGAGUGGCACUAAAAUGGGUAGCCAAGCAUAAGUCAGGUGCUACGAGCAGUAGAGGUGACACAACAUCUCCUGGUCAACAGGCCCCUACAAUUUCUGAGGCUGAGGAAGUAGGUAUUCUUGCUAAACGUGGCCUACGAUUUGCUCCAAAUCUUGAUCCGUACCUCACCGACAUCAUAGCAGAAGCAGAACUGAUGGGUCAGUUGGGUCUACCACUCCCCCCACAAGUUCGCGACUUGGCUGCACAGAAGGAAAGACUGCAGACUGAUCUGGAAUAUGUCACGAGAGUUGCUGAUGAAUAUGGACGUUUAGUUGACAGCUUAACAGCACCAGAGGUACAUUUUCUUCGAGACCAUCUACAUGAAGCUGAAAGUCACAUACUGCCUGGGGCAGUCCGUCUUAACUGGAUGUCAUUGGGCAUACCACAGUACGCAGAUGAUUGUCAGAGCGCUUUGCGCACGCUUGAAUCAAUGGUGUACCAAGUGCGGAAAGUUGGCAAUGAACUACGUGUGCGCACUCAGCAACUUGAGAGCUACAACUUAUUCCAAGCCACUUUGCCUGACAUGUCAGAUCCUGAUAAUGUUGAAAGGCUUACCUGUAAGAAGUUCUUUGUUGAGAUGGAAAAAAAGCGCACUGAGCAGGCUCAGAAGAUGCAAGAGGUAUAUGGAAGUACUGGGCCAGUAAUGAUGAAACUUGAAAGUGUUGUCCUGCAAACAAGUACUGGCUGUUGCCCUCUUAUGAUACCUUACUAUGAGUUCUGGGAACAUGAGAUUUUCAUUUCACUUGUAAGGUCAGUACCUGAUGUCAGUAAUGUCACAAAUGUGGACAUUAUUUUAACAUUUUGCUAA